AUGACAGAAAAUGCAAAGUGGGAUUCACGAAUUAGUACCCCAGUAACUAGAAUAAAACAUGUACAUGAACAUAAUUUAUCAUAUUACAGCAAAUGUAUGUUUGGGGGUAUAUUGUCUUGUGGAUUAACACAUACAUUAAUAACACCGUUAGAUGUUACAAAGUGUAGAAUUCAAUCAUAUCCACAAAUAUAUAAGAACCUAUUUCAAUGUGUAACAAAGAUAAUAAAAGAAGAAAAAGUAAAAAGUUUAUCACUAGGAUGGUCACCAACAUUGGUGGGGUACUCACUUCAGGGAUUAUGUAAGUUUGGUUUUUAUGAAAUUUUUAAAGAUGUUUAUUCAAAUUAUUUAGGAGAGGAAUAUGCAUAUAAAUAUAAAGGUUUAACAUGGCUACUUGCAUCUGCAUCUGCAGAAUUUGUUGCAGACAUUUUUUUAUGUCCAUUUGAAAUGAUUAAAGUUAAAAUGCAAACAAGUAAAGUAAACACAUUCCCUACCAAAUUAUCCGAAUCUAUGGGUUUUAUGUUAGCAAAUAGAAAAGAAUCCAAGUUUCCAUUUGGUAGUGUUACACCACUAUGGUGUCGUCAGAUUCCUUACACUAUGGCUAAGUUUUAUUUUUUUGAAAAAAUUGUUCAGUUAAUGUAUGAUAAAGUAUUUACCAAUCCGAAAGAUUCUUAUACCAAGUCAACUCAAUUGGGUAUAACUUUUGCAUCUGGUUAUUUGUCAGGAAUUAUAUGUGCUUUAGUAUCUCAUCCAGCAGACAAUAUGAUAUCUCAAUUAGGGAAAGUAGAAAAUAAGGGGAAAGCAUUAUCAGCUAUAACAAAAGAAAUUGGUAUGUUUAAUUUAUUUACCAAAGGAAUAUGCACAAGGGUUUUAAUGAUAGGUACACUAACUGGUUUACAGUGGUGGAUAUAUGAUACAUUUAAAUCUGUUAUGGGAUUAGGUACCUCUGGAAGUGGUUCAUCCGGUAAGAAAUGA